AUGACAGAAGCAAACAACCUGAGAGACGCCCGGAGAAGAAGAAGAAUCCUCCAACAAGGAUCCGACCGUCUUGCCUUCAUCCAGGGUCAGAUCCAAACCCUCCCUCCUCCCGAUCUGCCUCACGCCAACGACGAGGAGCAGGAGUAUCCGAAUUCCGUUUUGCAGAAUCACGUUGAUGCCGAAAUUUUGCCUGAAAAACAACACAGUGAAAGUGAGAUUUUAAGUUUCCCCAAUUCUGAAAUUGAACCUGAACAUGUACAAGAAUCACAACCUCUAUUUCAACCUCAACCACCAACAACACAUCAAGAUUCAUCUGAUGAAAUUUCCCAGCUCGAAGAACCUAGAAGUUUCGAUUUCAUAAGCCCUAGGGAUGUGACGAAUGCCGUUGAUGCCUCAAGAGGCUCUGAUGAAAGGUUGAGGAGGAGACGGAACAGCGCCAGUGCCAGCGCCAGCGCUGAUUCUUCUGAUCAAUAUGCACAGCUUGCAAAAACAUUGGAAAUUGGAAUGGUGCUGAAGACUGUGGCUGAUGCUGUCUUCAUGGAUUGUGCUGUCUAUGCUAUUGUGCUCAUAUGCAGCCUUUCCCUUAGACAGAGGGAGGUAUAUGCGGGCUGCAUACAUUUGCUCUACUUGUCAUUCAUAACUUUUUACAAUUGUGGCUGCAGCAAGGGUUCUCUGACUGGACUUGCUCCACUUGAAGCAGUGCUCUUUGAUAUUGACGGAACUCUGUGUGAUUCUGACCCACUUCAUUAUCUUGCUUUCCGUGAGAUGCUCCAACAGAUUGGUUUCAAUGGAGGUAAUCCUAUAACAGAGGAAUUUUUUAUUGACACUGUUGCUGGCAAGCAUAAUAAUGACAUUGCCUUGGCUCUCUUUCCUGGUGAGCUGGAGAGAGGCUUAAAGUUUUUAGAUGAUAAGGAAGCCAUGUUUCGGAGAUUAGCAGCUGAGCAACUGAAGGCUUUAAAUGGCCUUGAUAAAGUGAGAAAAUGGAUUCAAGAUCGUGGGUUGAAACGAGCUGCAGUUACCAAUGCUCCAAGACCAAAUGCAGAACUCGCUCUCUCAAAACUUGGACUCUCAGAUUUCUUUCAAGCUGUUAUUAUUGGUGAUGAAUGUGAACAUCCCAAACCUCAUCCAGAGCCAUACUUGAAAGGCCUUGAAUCUCUAAAAGCAUCUAAAGAUCACACGUUUGUAUUUGAGGAUUCUGUUUCAGGAAUCAAAGCUGGUGUGGCUGCUGGGAUGCCUGUUAUCGGUUUAUCUACCCGAAACCCAGAGCAUUUGCUGAUGGGAGCAAAACCCACCUUUCUGAUUAAAGAUUAUGAUGAUCCAAAAUUGUGGGCAGCUCUCGAAGAACUUGACAAGUCUGGUUCUCAUUAA